AUGGACGAUUCGGACAAAAUGGACUUGGAGGCGCUUAGAGCGAGGCAAAUCGAGCUCUCAAACGAGUUGAACACCAGGCUGACGGGUGUGUACAGGUGGUACUAUGGAGAGCUGGACAGAGUCUCGGACGAGAUGAUCAAGCUGCUCAAUGAAGGUCAAACGCCGCUAGACGUUGGCCCGGAGGGAGUAGAGAAGCAACAGCCCUCAGGGGGGACCGUGGAGCGGGAAAUGGACAGCAUAAUCAACGUGGAGUCCGCGACCUUGGGAACCAAAAAUUGGCCAAGCUUUUGGCUCCACGCACUUCUCGGCUGCAAGAGGACCCGCUCGUGGAUUUCGGACCUCGACUGCGUCAUAUUGGCGUACCUAAACGACGUUCGGGUCAUUGUGCACGAGGCCAAUGAAGUCGAGGAAUCCUUUCAACUCUGCUUUCACUUUGUGGAAAACCCCUACUUUUCCAAUCGCAUGCUCUCUAGAAGGUUUGAUUUUGAGCGAGGCAAUGUCACAUCCACCGCAUCGGAGAUAUCGUGGACUUGCGAGGCAAGUAUGGAAGACAUCAAGGUAGCACUGGCAAUCAAGGAUCGCAUUAUACGAGAGCCGCUCAAGUACGUCUUGAGGUAUCGAGACGCAGACGGCGGCCAAGAGUCGGAGGAUGAAUCCAGCGACGAAACAGACUCUGGUUCUAGAUACCCAUUCUCAUGGUUGUUUUAA